AUGUCUGUUUCCAACGUGCCGUUCGCGGACCCUUUAUGGCUUAACCGGAAGCACAGCCCGUACUACAAAGAUUCGCAUCGCAAACUGCAAAAAGAAGUUCGCCAGUAUGUGGAUGAACAUAUCUCACCAUUUUGUGAGGAAUGGGAAAAGCAAGGAUUCGUUCCGCCCGAGGCUCAAAGGCGCCACGCAGAGCUGGGAUAUACCGCCGUCGCUUCUUUCCCACUGGCAAUAGACUACCUAGACGGCCAACGACUUCCCGGCGAUAUCAAUCCCUACGAGUGGGAUGGGUUCCACGAUAUCGUCGUGAUUGACGAGCUCGCUCGCUGUGGAUACCUUGGUAUUGUGUGGGCACUUGGGUGCGGAAACUCGAUUGGCGGUCCGCCUAUUAUCAACUUUGGAAAUGAAGAGCAGAAGCGCCGCUUUCUUCCGGAUAUGCUGAAGGGGAAUAUUCGAUUUUGCCUUGGUGUGACUGAGCCUGAUGCUGGAUCUGAUGUUGCUGGAAUCACAACCGUUGCCGAACGGAAAGGGGAGGUUUAUAUUGUCAAUGGGGCGAAGAAAUGGAUCACGAACGGCAUCUUCGCUGACUUCUGCACUGCAGCUGUGAGGACUGGAGGAGAAGGGACUCACGGUGUCUCAGCUAUGGUAAUUCCGAUGAAAGCUCGCGGAGUAACCUGCAGGAAGAUCGAGAACUCGGGCGUUCAUGCUAGUGGAUCAACCUACAUUGAGUUUGAUCAAGUUGAAGUCCCCGUCGCCAACCUGCUGGGAGAGGAAAAUAAAGGGUUCCACGUCAUCAUGAACAAUUUCAACCAUGAGCGCCUGUGGUUGGCCUGUACAUCCCUCCGAAUGGCCCGUGUCUGUGCCGAGGAUGCCUACCAGCACGCCAUAACCCGCGAAACGUUCGGCAAAAAGCUCAUCGAAAACCAAAUUAUUCGCUCGAAGUUUAGCGCAAUGGCACGCGGUCUUGACUCGACUUACGCGUGGAUGGAGCAGCUUGUGUAUAUCGCAGAGACAGCCAAGAAGGAGGGCACGGACGCUGGAAUGGGAGGGCUGUUUGCGAAUUUGAAAGUGCUGGCAGGUCAAACUCUGGAGAAGGUCAACCGAGAGGCUCAGCAGGUUAUGGGUGGACUCGGGUACUCCAAGAAUGGUCGUGGCUCCAGAAUUGAGCAGGUCAGUCGUGACGUUAGGGUAAUGGUUGUUGGAGGCGGAAGUGAAGAGAUUCUGUCGGAGUUGGCUGUUAAUCAGGAGAUUAGGACGAUGAAGAAGCAGAGCAAACUCUAG